AUGGCCGACAAACAACCCGACGAUGUUGAAAACGUCAUUGAAGAAGCCGUAGUAAAUUCAGGUUCAAAAGGAAAUGAAGGUGGUGGAUGGUGGGAUUCAUUGUACUCUGCAGCAAAGUCUAAAUCUGCUGAAGUGUUGGAAUCAGUUAAACGUGACCUCGGUGAACUAACAACAAUAGUAACCACCGAAACCAGCAAUAUUGUCUUAAAUACUACCAAUGUCGUUAAAGAUACAUUACAAUUGGAAAAUCCUGAAUCUACUGCUAACACUAUGAAGAAGUCAGUAAGUUCAUUUCUAGACCAAAUGUCAAGUGCAUUAAACCCUUUGCCAGAUGAUGAAGAUGAAGCAAUAAUGAUUGUUGGCUCAGACACAGUUACACUGUCUAGGCUACAAGUGCAAAUAUAUACUCUGGCUAAUGAUCCGAAUACAUUUGUAAUGGAAAUUGAUGACCAACUUGAUAAAAGAUAUAAAGCUUGGUUGGAUUGGGUGAAAAGCGGUGAUAGUAGUUUGCUAUCUAAUGAUAAACUCACAAAGAUCUUAAAUGAGUGCACUCCAUUACGUGACAACUAUCAGAAACUCGUGCCAGAUUCUGUUUCUCAUGCUGACUUUUGGUAUCGAUUUCUGUUUCGAAAGGCAUUGUUGGAAGACGAAGAUGCCAAACAGCAAAGGCGAUCAGAAAAGGAAAAUAGAGAAGCCGAAAGAAUAGAUUUCAAUAAAGAGUUAACUCCGUUGUCUGAUAUAGAGCUGUCUGAAAAAGAACAAGAGGAGAUAUUGUCGUCAUAUGAUCAGGAACGAAGAGUAUCAUCAAAGUCCAGCAGUCCUAUAGAAGACAUAAAGAAGGAUUCAAAAUCAAAACAAGAAGAUAUUCCAUCUAAUGCUUCUUCGGUUACCACUUCAAGUUUAGACAAAGAUGAAUGGGUCAAGGAUUUUGAUAUAGAAGACAUUGAACCACCCACCAAUACCAAAUGA